AUGGGCCUUAACGAGAUCCGAACAGCGAUGCGAGUUGAUCGCAGGAAGCCGGCAGCAGAGCAACCAGGAGUGCAUGUAAUUCCCGCCUGUGGAAGCAUCAAGAACGGCGAAACAGUCAAGAUUGAAUGCCUUGACUGGACUGGUGGACAAAUCAAGAACAACGACUGUGCAGAUGAUGUCCGUGACGUUGACCUGACGCACGUUCAUUAUUUAAGCGGGCCGUUUGAUGUAGAAACGGCAGAGCCUGGAGACGUGCUCGUCGUUGAGAUCCAGGACGUCCAGCCGUUUCAAGACGAACCAUGGGGAUUCACUGGAAUCUUUGCAGCUAAUAACGGAGGAGGAUUCCUGUCAGAGUUUUAUCCGCAAGCAGCGAAGGCAAUCUGGGACUUUGAAGGGAUAUUCUGCUCCUCGAGACAUAUCCCUGGAGUUCGAUUUGCGGGACUGAUCCAUCCUGGAAUCCUCGGGUGCGCGCCAUCUGCAGAGGUCCUGGCUGAAUGGAACAGGAGAGAAGGACAGCUGAUGGCAGAGAACGUGGGAUCAGAAGUGGCGAAGCCACCUGAAGUCAAGAACGCACACGCUGGAGGAGCUACAGGUGAAUUGAAGGCCAAGAUACAAAAGGAGGGAGCUCGAACUGUCCCUGGCCGGCCUGAAAAUGGCGGAAACUGCGAUAUCAAAAACCUCAGCCGUGGAAGCAAAGUCUACCUCCCCGUGCACGUCAAGGGAGCCAAGUUCUCUGUAGGAGACCUGCAUUUCUCUCAAGGCGACGGGGAGAUCUCCUUCUGCGGCGCCAUCGAAAUGGCUGGUAUCAUCACGGUUAAACUCAGCGUGAUCAAGAACGGCAUGGUCCAGAUGGCGAUGAAAUCUCCUAUUUUCAUACCAGGUCCAGUCGAACCCCAGUUUGGGCCCGGUCGGUAUCUGACCUUUGAAGGAUUUAGCGUCGAUCAUAAUGGGAAGCAGCAUCACCUGGACGCUACUGUUGCCUACAGGGAGACAUGUAGGAGGGUGAUUGAAUACCUGCGUAGGUUUGGGUAUUCGGAUGAACAGGUCUAUCUGCUGCUUAGUUGUGCGCCAGUCCAGGGCCAUAUUGCUGGGCUGGUGGAUAUUCCGAAUGCAUGUACGACGAUGGGGGUGCCCAUGGAUAUUUUCGACUUCGAUAUUCGUCCCGAAUCUGUUCCUGAGAAGAGGGAUUUAGGGAGUUGCGCCUUCACCAGCGAUCGCAAGGCUUAG